AGAAAUUUACUGAGUGGGGUUAUGCACAAAACUCCACUAGGUUUUCCCCUCUCGCUUCCUAGGCGGCGCAGUCGGCACUUCGGCGAGGGGUGAACGAUGAACUCAGUCUCGGACUCGCAGGCGAAUGGGGGCAACCAUCAGCCGCCGCCGGCCAAGGCGGAGGACGCUGGGGCAGAGGUCGAAGAGGAAGAGAUUGGCGAGAAGAUGGAGGGCGUCGCGUCCAUCGCGCUGUUGCCCUCUGGCGCCAUCUCCGGUCACUUCAUCCGCCUCCCGGACUCCGUCUGCUACGGCCUCCACGGCACCCCGAUACCAUGCGAGAGGGAAUGUAGCAGAGGAGAUGAUUACCGCCUUAUAAAGCUCUCCGUUAUUAAUUUUAAGACAAAGACAGAGAAGGUGGUUGUGGUGGAAUGCAGGGGCCAUGAUGCUGCUCGAUUACAGAAUGUUGAUCAUUUGCAUGGAUGGGAAGAUGACAUUGUUGGUUUGGUUCAAAAGAAACAUGGGAAUAAAAAAGUCUUUGUCUCUUUCGAAUGUGAGACGCUGAAGGCCGAUAAAGCUGCCGAAGAACAUAUUAGAAAAUAUAUGCCAAAUCUAUGUGGACUGGAUGCAGUUGUGAAUACAGGAAAGAUGAGUAUCUCUGGCAUCAACCUUGAAGAGGACAAUGAACCAAGCGGAGACAGCUGAGAGCAGAAGCAUUUUAUUAAUGUGCUGACCGUUGUUGUUUUCCCUCACCGGUGUCGUCGACAAAGCAGGGACCGGUGUUGCUAACACCGCAUAAGCUUUUGUCUCAGCACUUCUGUUUCUGUACUUAAAAAUGGCGUGGUUUCUGGGCAAAGAUAAUUUCGACUGUCUAACCAGAACUGCGUUUCUGUUGCUGCAUCAUGCCACUAAUGCUGAUAUUGUAAGACUCGUGUAUGGUUGUUUGGUAGUGGCUUUGAACGCCACCGGAAUUGCAAAUCGUCGUCCCCUGCCUGCCUGUACUA